CGUAUAUACAAGGUUGGUUUUCAACUAUUUCUUGUUAAUUUCCGACGAUGGCGAUCAUCACCGACGAAAGAGCUCAGAAUCCGACCGAUGAUAGCUCAGAUGAAGAGGUCAAGUAUCUCGGCUUCCAGCGCGUAGACAUCUCCAAGAGCGAAUACCACGUACAACAGCUCGAGGCGCAAGGCAUUGUCUACACUGGGCACAACAACAUCAAGAUAGUGCCUGAGAGGAAGGUCACAUCGCCAGAAAAGACAGGUUUGCCAAACAAUAUUGAGCCAGCUAAGAAGAAUACAGACUCGUCGACCACUAAUGAACAGCAUCACCAUGUUGGUGGGGCUACGAACGGAAAGAGCGGUCCUAAUCCCAGGGCGCCCUAUCCCACAAUUCAUCUACAGGCCUCACGAACCCCCAUCUACCCCAAACGACUCGCUCCUGCAAACACCACGUCCAAUCAGCCCAAGAAGCGCCCUAAGUAUGACGAUUCUUCCACAUUUUCUGCUCAGGUGGCCAAUCUGCAAAAGCGACCUCGUCAACUACAGCAAUCGUUGCCUUCCUGGCCACAUGAGUAUAUCGUUAUAAGCGACAGCGACGACGAGCCCCCGCCGAAGAAGUCAAAUCUACAGACAGAAUUAUUGCUUGUAUCUCGCUCGGCAACGACAGAACCAUCGACAGCGGAUUUCGAGGAAUUACAAGGUUCCGAGCACCAUACUGUCGCAGCAGACCACGACUGUGCAAGCGAAUCGGAGUUCGAAAGUGCGCAUGCCGGCCUGGACAUUCUCGACGACGGUAUCUGGCAUACCCCGGAAAAUUGGACCUAUCAUGCUUCUCGACAGCUCCUUGUGCUAGCAGAAGAUGACGAGCCUGAGCUGUUAGAGAAGCUGGAAACCUUCACGGUCUCAAGCGCUGCUUUGAAGCGAGACAUCGACCGGCAGAAGGGGCGAGCACAGAUACAAUUCCGGAGCGCUGUCCCUGAUGUCCUCCCUCGUGAAAACGAACCCACGGGAUAUCGUGGGACGCGAGAAAUCUGGACCGAGAUUCAAGCAUUCCUUACGCACAUCGGACUGUACGACGUACCAAGUCGCACGCGUAAUCCUCGUGCAAUCGGUCGCAAUUUGCGCCCCGCAUGGAGGGUGUGUCGCGCACCAGGAGCAAUCAACAUGAUCGCGCAGUGCAACGGAGUUGUUAUGAUGGCUAGCGCUGUGGACGCAGGCACGGAAGGUCGGUCACUCACUUGCUUGCCCUUGAGAAGAUCGUCGGUGCCAUCAUUGCCGGGAAAGACCCAAUCAGUGCUGGCGAUGAAAUGAACAUGAGUCCGUACAACCGUGAAGGCACAUUGACAGUGUGGCAUGAGAGCAUAUGUAAUACAGGCCACGCGCUGCGUGCGCACGAGCGCCUGCUUAACGAGGAGACGGGAGGUGAGUAAUUUGGUUGUCAGUGCGCUUGGGGUUGACAGCGGCAAUUCCGGAUGCCUCGGUGGCUCAUCUGAUAAACAGUGAAGCACUAUACAGUCGAG